ACGUGCCAAACCCACGUGAUUAAAUGAUAAGGAAGGAACACAGGUUUAAAGCAAUAACACGCAUUAGAUCUCCAGUCGAGUUUUACUUUUCGUGAACCAAGUCAUUAGUGAGAAAAUGUUGAAGUUUUUGAUAUGUUUUUCGUUGUCGCUGGUAGUGAGCGAGGCCAUUCAGUGUCUGCCUAACCAAUGUGCCAUGGUUAGAUGUGCCGCCGUUACCCAGGACACCUGUAAUGGGGUUAUAGUGCCCAAUGGUGGAUUCUGUGGUUGUUGUGAUUCUUGUAAAGAAAUGCUCAUUGAAGGCGCCUACUGUGGAUCUACCUUUCUGUUGGGGAUGCCCAGUAAUUCUCAAUGUGGUGAUGGACUCCAUUGUGAUACACACACCAUGCGCUGUGUCUCCAAGACCGCUCGGGAAACGCAAACAGGUCCAUGCGCCGCGGCCCACCAACAGUACCUGGCCACCAAGCAACAGAAUGGCGGAUUCGGCCUUCUAGGCGCUGUGGAGCCGCUUUGCGACGAAAAUGGUUUCUACCAGUCAAAACAGUGUGAAGGAUCCGUGUGUACGUGCGUAUCCAAGCAAGGCAAAAAUAUCCUAGAUUAUCGUGCUGACAUAUGGCGCUCCAAUGACAUGGACUGUCAAUGCGCACGUGACCAACAAGAGUACAUGGACACCGGUCUGAUUGGACGCUUCUUCUACUGUACACCUAACGGUAACUACCAGAACCACCAGUGUCUGGGAUCUGUCUGUCACUGCAUUGACAACCGCGGACAGAUGUUGGGAACCAAGACCGUCAACAUCGGGGACCUGGACAAAUUGAACUGCUGAUUGCAAUAUCAUGGUUCCGCAGUAAAGAAUGAAGAGACAAGCUUAAGUUUAUAAUAAUAAUCUUAUUAUGGUAAUAAAUUGGUAACAUCACAA